AUGGAAUCUUUCAGUGAAUGUAUAUACUAUUGUGUAUAUUGUAUUGCUUUCAAUACAUUCUCGCUGAUUCUUAGAUCGUAUGAUCUGAUGGUGAUGAUACGUGCUCGUUGUAUCUACCUACUCUAUAGUUUCGUCUAUACGCUGAUGGGAGUGCUCGGUGGUGUCAGUUCAGAUCGAUUCUCUUGCGAUCACAUACUGUCUAGAAUGUCGGCAGAGUGUUUCGAUGUGCCUCAUCAUCUGGCGGUGAUCAUCGACAUUAACCACGCGGAUUUCUCAAAGAUCGUUGACAUCCUAGCUUGGUCGGUGAUCGCUGGCAUCCAAAGAAUCACCAUCUUUGAGAAUACAGGUAUACUUAAACAACAUAUCGAUACCAUACAAUCAAUGUUGGAGCAACGUAAACUAACAUCAAAAUCAACAACAUCAUCAACUAAACAACAAAAUGAAAUAUAUACAUAUCAUUGGUUAAAUAAAUUAACUUCAACAACAAACAAUAAUAAUAGUAACACUAAAACAACAGAUAAUAAUAAACCAUUUGAAAUAUCGAUUGUUUCAAAUGAAGAUGGUAAAAUGGAAUUGGUAAACAUUACCAAGAAAUAUACGAUCGAUCGUAAAUCGAAUUCAUCAUUACAGUUGGAUUCAAACUAUAUACAAGCUAAUCUGCCUAUUCACAUCGGGGGUGCCGACAACGAACCACAAAUAGCAAUGGAUUUUACAGAGAGAAAUAUUUUAAAUGGUUUUUUACCAUGGCAUAUUAAACUUACUGAAUUUAUAAAAGUAGAUAAUUUCAAUCAAUUGUAUUUAGAUAAAUAUUUAAAUAUAUUAAAAUCAUAUGGUAGAAUUGAAAAGCGUCUUGGAAAGUAA